GGGGGUAUUCUGGCCACUGUAGGGAAGGCACCAAUGCAUCUACAGACACUUUCCAGACUUUGCUUUCGGACAAAGCAGUUGAAUGGUUUAAGAAUGAUACAAAAUAUUUUUUUUAGAUAAAAUAUAUAUAUAUAUAUUUUUAAUAAGUUCACGCUGAAGAACUGUAAAUAACCAGGAAAGGAAAAAAGCCUCCGUUAAAAUUCAAGGACAACAUGAACAAAAAAAAUUGUUUUCUAAAUGGAUGGAUGUAAUACCAGCCUGCGGAGUGAGUAACAGCUAUGCACCAUUUGUUUCAGUUGGUAUUGGAACAGAAAGAUCUUUCUAGAGCAGGCGACUUAUUUUCUUUAGAUAAUUUUGAGAUCGAAGGCAGCUUGUCUGAAGCUCUGGAACAAAUCAAAACAAUAUCAUCUUCCACGGAUUAUCAAACUAAUGACAACAAUCAAGCAGUUGUAGAAAUCUGUAUAACCCGGAUCACAACAGCAAUUAGGGAAACCGAGUCUAUAGAGAAACAUGGUAAAGCUCUUGUGUCACUAUGGGAGUCGUGUUUGGAGCACAACCUGACAGCAGCGGCAAAAGAUGAAGACACUCCACAUGCAAAGAUUGCGUCUGAUAUAAUGAGCUGUAUCCUACAAAACUAUAACAGACCUUCAAUUAUGUCGCUUGCUGUCCCUGUUGCAGUGAGAUUUCUCCAAAAGGGAAACAAGGAACUGUGCAGAAAUAUGUCAAGUUACAUUUCCCUUGUAGCCAUUGCCAAAGCAGAUCUACUGGCCGAUCACACAGAUUCAAUCAUAGCCAGCAUCCUAAAAGGUAAUAGCAUGCUGCUUCGAGUACUUCCUUCUGUCUAUGAGAUGCAGCCACAGCCAAUACAUCACUGCCUGAGGAAACUGGUGUCACAGAUGCAUCACUUAGAUGAAGGAGAACAGCAUCAUAUGCUAAGGUUGUUACAAGCAAUAGCAAAAACAAAACAACCCAAGAUAUUGGCAGAAACAUUACCCUGCCUUAUGGAAUAUGUAUCUGAUCCAAGCUAUAGCGAUAUCAUCCUCAAUAUAUUCUUAGACAUAUCAUCAUAUGAACCACUUACACUGGCUGGAUCUCUUCCCACGUUAAAAGAAAUUGGUGAACAUUUCCCAUGCCUUAUUGGACAGAUAGCAAAGAUUUACGGAGCAGUGGGAAAUGUGAAUGAGGCAAUGGCCAAGAUUUGUCUGACAUAUUUGGUGAAUCAGUUAAAUAACAUGGAACAUUCGUUUCAUCAUAUUCUUCUGAUGGAAAUUAGGAAUAUUACAAGCACAUUUAAUGACAUUGUAGGCAUUCAAGGCAGAGACAUGUUCAGAAUGAGUAACAGCUUAACUGCUAUAAGCAAAAUACUAAAUGAACAGCUCAUUGACGAAACAGUACCAGCAUGCAGGAAAGAAAACAAUAUCCAAACCGAACCGUCUUUAUAUGUCCAUGAUGCCCGUCAAACCUUGUUUCAUGAUGGAAACAGAGAGGAAAAAAUGGAAGUAGAUGUUCAAAGUGGAGUUAACCAGACUGCAGAGAAUAACACUGAUCCCAGCUCACCUAGCAUGUUUAACAAUGCAAGAUUAUCCAACAAAGACGGAAAAGACAUUGCAGUCAAUAGGUCAAAAAAUGUAUUGAAUUCAUCAAGCAGAAAAUGUUUGGAUAGUGGUCAAGACACUGAAAAUUCAGAAGUUCUUGGCCUAAUGUCUUUUUCACAUAUGUUUCUAAAUCAAGACGAUGAAAUAUUACCAUCUGGCUCCAACAGUGAAAACUCUCAAGAGGAAAAAACAGUUUUAGUUCCAUUUAAGAAUUGUACUGAAACAAAAGGCAUUGUAGAGCCAAAUCUAGAAAACCAAAGUAUUUUAGAAGUAAUUAAAGAACAUCAGAAUGAACAUGGCAAACUAUUUCUGCAUCUGAAGGAUAAUAUAAAUGAGUUAAAAAACUAUGUUACUGAAAUGGGGAAGAAAAUUCCAGUGCCUGACCAGUGUGUCAUUGAAGAUACAUGUAAAAGUUGUGUAGCAAAGUUGUUCUUCAGCUGUCCAAUGAAGGGUCAUUACUGUCUCUACAGUAAAUCCAGCUUUAUCCUCAUCAGCCGACAUCCACAGAUUUGGAUCCAUAUCAUGUUUCUCUUUCAGCAGAGCUUGUUUUGUGAGCCAUUGGCCACACAGACUACUUCAAUGCAAGUACUUAAAACACUCUGGGAGAAAACACAGCUGAAGGGAGCACACAGCUUUGAAGCCUCCAUAAUACAGUCCAUGUUUCCUCAUAAAAAGGAUCUGGAUCUUGUGCACAUGCAUUUGGAAGAAGUAAGGUUUUUUGAUCUGUUUGGAUUUAGUGAGGAAACAGGAUCGUGGCUGUGCUUCAUGUGUAACAAUCCUGAGAAGGCAACAGUCAUAAAUCAAGAAGGCCAACCUCUUCUCGAAGGGAAACUUAAAGAAAAGCAGGUUCGGUGGAAGUUCAUCAAACGAUGGAAAACGCGUUAUUUCACUCUGGCAGGAAAUCAGCUUCUCUUUCGCAAAGGAAAAUGUAAAGAUGACCCUGAUGAUUGUCCCAUUGAACUGAGCAAAGUUCAGAGUGUUAAAGCUGUGGCUAAGAAACGCAGGGAUCGUAGCCUCCCUCGGGCUUUUGAAAUCUUCACAGAUAACAAGACGUAUGUCUUCAAAGCAAAGGACGAGAAGAAUGCAGAGGAGUGGCUGCAGUGCAUCAAUGUGGCGGUUGCACAAGCCAAAGAGAGAGAGAACAGAGAGGCUACAACCUACUUGUGAUAUAUAAGCACUCCAAGUCAUCAAAGCACAAUGUUCAAGGGUGCAUAGGUACUGUAACGGAACCAAAAUGUCUAGGGCCAGAACAUACCAAAAGCUCUAGCAAGAGUCUGUGGUUUUACAUUCUUUUAGACAUAGAUCUACAAAUAACUUGACAUUAUUUGGCUAAAUGAUAUUAUUCUUAAAUCAUCAGUAACUUUGUAGUUACAACACAGAUGUUUAUUCAUUUAGAUUCCACUGAAAAAAUAUAAACAAUACAAACAAAAUUCUGUAGAUCAGAGGUUUUCAAUUUUAGUCCUCAAGGCACCCCAAUGGUCCAGGUUUUCGGUAUAUCCAUGGCUCAGCACAGAUGACUAAAUCAAAUUGACAGAGGUGCUAAUUAAGUCACCUGUAGCCAAGCAUGGAUAAACUUAAAACCUGGACCUUUGGGGUGCUUUGAGGACCACGUUUGAGAACGUCUGGUGUAGAGAGAUGUUUGAGAAAUAUCAAAAGUAUUUUACAAUAAAUUUAUGGUCUAUGGUAAGUACAGUGUAUUAGAAUCUUAAAAGAGAGCACAAUUUUCCAAAGGGUUUUAGAUAAAACACAAUCUUCCUCAAGUACUGUAGUAUCACAAUGUGCCACGCUCAAUUAGACACGCACAGUGCAAGCGGAUAAUUGUCACAUUAAUACCAACUCCUAAGAUUCAACCCUUUCAUUACAUAAAAUGUAUCUGGUAUUUCUAAUAAUAAUGCUUGAUUUAAUCAUGAGAAUGGAAGGACAUUGCGACUGUGCUUAUUACAUGUGGCACUUUGUGUUUGUUUCAAGAAAUGUUUAAUAUUCAGCACACUGCACCUCAAAAUGUGGUUCUCUGCUAAAGUUUCAAUGGAAGGUGCAACGACGUGUGUGCGCAUUAUGGCCCCCGCGCAUGCGCAGUAGUAACCCAGUCACAGCUAUCCGAACAAAAGCACACUGUGAUCGGGUCGGAAUGGCCCCCAAUGACAAUGGGGUCAAAUUGGUUUCCAACAACAGCCAUCUAUAAAUUCUGACAUCAUGUCCUCAGCUGCACCAAGAAAGUAUCCCUGUAGGUAACACAAACAAAAUGCUCAAGCACAACUCCUAAGGCCAGACACCUUGUUAGAGAAACCAGUGGACCAUAAGGACUAUAGAAGGGUUUCUCAACUCUGUCUUCAAGAUACAUUAACAGGGGAAUGGCAAAUCACCUCCAUCAAGUUUUUCCUCCCACUCCAUAGAGAAGCACAAGAAAACUUGUACAGCCAGGGUCACAGUUACUGAUCAAUAUGCAUGAUACAGUACUUCAUCGUCAGCAAUUGAAUUCCCCCCUAGCAGUCAUGGGCUUGAUAUUUAUACCUGUCUUGUGCACAGAUUGUUAAAUCAAACUGUCUGUAGUACUAAUUAAUCUGUGCUAAAACAUGGCUAUGCCCACUCUUCGUAGCUGCCGCACCGCUCCCCGUAGCCCGCUACACCGCUCCUCAUAGCCUGCCGCACCGUCUCCUCACCUCAAUUUGACUUUUUUUUAAAGUCGUAUUGAGAUUGUCAGAAACGGGGCCAAAACCUGUUGGAUUUCGCCCCGUUUCCGACAGAAGCACGCGAAUCGGUGACUAUUCUGCCUAUCCACGUGUUUUACGACAAGUUGGGAAUUCCCGACUUGUCAGAAAAAAACUGCCCCUAUUUAAUACGUCAGAACCCCUUCCAACCUAAAUCAGUCAAAAACUGCUGUCUUUCCGACAAGACAGCAGUGUCCGACUCUUAUUGAAUAUACCAGAAUAUUGAAGUUACAAGCUGACAAUGGCACUCCAAAAGGUUUUUCUUUCACACUUCUCUUUCUGGAUCUAAAGAGCCUUAGAUAUUCUCUAAUUACUCCUUAGAUAGGCUAAUUCCUAUUUUCUGGACAAAUUGUACACUUGCCAUCCCCACCUUGCUCCCUACUAAGACUUACUUUUUGUUUGGACUAUCCAAAUGUGUAUGAGGUGACACAGGAGUCUAUUCAUGAAGCAGUGAAAAGAGUGUAGAAAAGGACCAGUGGAGAAGUUGCCCAGAGCAACCAAUCAGCUUUGAAGGAAGCCUUUAUCAAGUACAUUCUAUACAUUUAAGGGAGAUGUUGAUUGGUUGCCUUGAGCAACUUCUCCACUGGUCUGUUUCUCCUUUCUUUUCACUGUUUUAUGAAUAGACCCCAAAAUUGUCAGUCUUUCAUAUGAUAUUAGUAAAAUGAAACCAUAAUCGAAUAAUUGCUCAGUCUAUGUCUCAGACAAAGGCAGACCAUAACAAACAAACAAACAAACAUAUAAUCCAGAAUCAGGCUGCUUCAGCACAUUGCAGCUAAUUCUAAGUAGCAACUCUAUAUGUGAGACAGAUAGCGGGCUGGACAGGUUUAGGUAAGUCUCAACACAGUAGGUAUAGUAUUAAUAUCAGAAAUAUUUAGCUGUGCUCUGAAUUAAUAUUCAGUAACGAGUUUGUUUCCUUUUUAAAUGUUACAGAUUUAUUAAUGUACUUAAAUAUCUGGAACGUACAUGUGUAAACAUUAUCAAUUGCCAUCAAGCUAGAAACGGCAUUUAUGUGAUCUUUAAUGAAGAUAACAUCAUCCAUUGUUGCUGAGAGAAUCAUGUCACCUACUGGUAGAACCAGGGAUCUCAUCUCUGUUUUGAUGGCACUCCCUCCCCAAACAACUGCCCAGGCUGUCCACAAGACAGUGUUGUUUAGACAUCUAGCCACAAAUUGUCCAUUCACCAUCCAUAUAAUAUAAAGUUUCAGUCAAGGAAUAUAGUAACUUCAUGAAUAAUAAUUUGUUUUAUGUUCUAGUCGAUUCUUUUUGUAACACUGUGUUAGUAGAAGCUCAAAUAAAUGUUCAUUAAACACAUAUAAGUGAUAUAAUGUUUAUUUGGUUUCAAUUACAGGGAUUUUCAACCUGCAUCCAAAGUGUGUUUUC